UCGUUUCGCUCCCUAUAUAUAUAAACAUCGUCGUCUCCGGAUAUCCCCCAUCCCUAGGGUUUCCUCUCUCCGCUCUUCCCCUACGUUCGUCGCCAUGGGUAGAAGACCUGCAAGAUGCUACCGCCAAAUCAAGAAUAAGCCGUACCCAAAAUCUCGUUACUGCCGUGGUGUGCCGGAUCCGAAGAUAAGGAUCUAUGAUGUUGGCAUGAAGAAAAAGGGUGUUGACGAGUUCCCCUUCUGCGUCCACCUUGUAAGUUGGGAAAAGGAGAACGUUUCAAGUGAAGCUCUUGAGGCUGCUCGCAUUGCCUGCAACAAGUACAUGACUAAGUUCGCAGGAAAAGAUGCUUUCCAUCUUAGGGUUCGGGUUCAUCCAUUCCAUGUGCUUCGUAUCAACAAGAUGCUUUCGUGUGCUGGGGCUGAUAGGCUUCAAACUGGUAUGAGGGGUGCUUUUGGGAAGCCACAAGGGACUUGUGCUAGGGUUAGCAUAGGUCAAGUUCUUCUUUCUGUCCGAUGCAAGGAUAGCAACAGCAACCAUGCUCAGGAAGCACUCCGUCGUGCUAAGUUUAAGUUCCCUGGCCGUCAAAAGAUCAUUGUUAGCAGAAAGUGGGGAUUUACCAAAUUUAGUCGCACUGACUACUUGAAGUGGAAGAGCGAAAACAGAAUUGUACCUGAUGGAGUCAAUGCUAAGUUGCUUGGAUGCCACGGGCGGCUUGCUAAUCGCCAACCAGGAAGAGCUUUCCCACCUGCUUCAGUCCAGGAAGCUUCUUAAGUUCCUCUCCAUUUUUGGUGAAUUACAACAUUGCUGCUCCAUUCUUGUUUCAUCUUUUGGUCAUGUUUAGGGCCUUAUUCCAUCAUGUUGACAUCUUUUUAUGUAUUAAGUUUGCUGCAGCAGCUUCUGCUUGUGUAGAAAUCUGCUGUUAGCUUUUACUUUUGGUUUGUCGUUUUUUUAUUAUCACAACACAAUUAUUAUGUUUUAAGUCUUGGUGAAUUUGUAUUUGACUAUGGGAUCGUCGUUAAUCGCUUAUGUUUUUGGGUAUUA